UGUGGCCCGCCGCCGUCUCCACGGCCCGCCGCCGCAUUUAAAUCCCUGCAUCAAUAUAAUAAACAGGUAUAAAAGAGAUAAACCUCGCUCAGGAUCCAAUCUCCUUUACGAGCUAUAUUCCUCUUCUUCUCCCCUACUUUCUCCUUGGUUCUAGGGGUUCGGCUCGCUCCGCAAGAACAACGGUUUCGUCCAUCUGUUCGAGCCUGGUUCACCGACGGUUCCAGCCUCCUCAGCGAUUUUCUCGAGAGGAAUCUAGCUUUCGCCGUUCUUGAUCCCACCGGGGAGCGGAGACCGGCGACCAUGGGAGCCAUCUCGAGGUGCGUCGGUGCUUGCCGGCUGUUCCAAUGUGGAGGGGAGCUGACAGGCGGCCGCCCCACCAUCUCCCGUAAUCUUGGCCCGUUUGUCUGCCGGUUUGAUCGCUCUCUGAUCUCUAGUCGCGCUCUUAGUGCGAAACGAAGCAAGAAGUUUCGAGACGGUCGAGUAGGAGUUUCGAAGAGCCCGAGUACUCUUCUUGCGGGAGAAAUUCCAUUCUACGGUCGCGGUCGGAUGGAUGUGAUCAGAAAGAGCAGCUCUAGUGGACGCCUGAGUUGUUUUCUGUCGGAUUCUUCUCCGCCAAUUGGGAAUAGACUUCCAAGAGACUCGAGAUAUUUGCAGAGAGGGCAUGCAUUGUUCUCAACAUCUACUAGUGAGAUGGCGGCAAGAAUGCUAGUUGGUGGAGCUGGGAACAAGAUACAGAUUGAUGUAGCCAAAAAAGAAUCUGCAGACAAGCAAAUCACAGACAUGAAAAUCCUUCGUACUCUUGCAAAGUACCUGUGGUUGAAAGACAAUCUUGAGUUUCGGUUUAGGGUGGCGAUGGCACUCGGACUUCUGGUUGGGGCAAAGGUUAUAAAUGUUCAAGUGCCAUUCUUAUUCAAGCUUGCUGUGGAUUGGCUUUCAGCAAUAACUGGCUCUGAAAAUGCAAUGGCGUCCUUUACUGAUACUAAUUCUACUCUUGUGGCUCUGUUCGUGAGCCCAGCAGCUGCUCUAAUUGGAUAUGGAGUAGCACGAACUGGGGCAUCAGCUUGCAAUGAAUUGCGAAACGCUGUAUUUUCCAAGGUAGCCCUGAGAGCGAUUCGGACUCUUUCUAGACAGGUGUUCUCGCACUUGCAUGAUCUUGAUCUUCGAUAUCAUUUAAGCCGACAAACAGGUGCAUUGAAUCGCAUAAUUGAUCGAGGUAGCCGUGCAAUAAACUUUAUCCUUUCGUCAAUGGUAUUCAAUGUUGUACCCACUCUACUUGAGAUUGCUAUGGUGUCUAGUAUUCUUGCGUACAAUUUUGGAGCUACUUUUGCUUGGAUUACUUCAUUUUCUGUUGCUGCAUAUGUUGCUUUCACUCUGACUGUGACACAGUGGCGAACUAAGUUCCGGCAAGCCAUGAAUAAAGCUGACAAUGAUGCAAGUACUAAAGCAAUCGACUCAUUGUUAAAUUAUGAGACCGUCAAGUAUUUCAACAAUGAAUCAUUUGAAGUGGAAAAAUAUGACACAUAUCUAAAGAGAUACGAGAAUGCUGCAUUGAAAACUCAAAGUAGCCUUGCUUUUUUGAACUUUGGCCAAAAUGUUUUAUUUAGCAUGGUUUUAUCAACAGCAAUGAUCUUAAGUUCAUAUGGAAUCAUGAAUGGUGCAAUGACAGUCGGUGAUUUGGUUAUGGUUAAUGGGCUUCUCUUCCAGCUAUCUCUUCCUCUUAAUUUCCUUGGAAGUGUGUAUCGUGAAACAAGGCAGAGCCUUAUUGAUAUGGAGUCCAUGUUUCAGUUGCUUGAGGAGACUCCUGAAAUCAGAGAUGCGCAUGAAGCACAACCAUUAAAUUUAAGAGGAGGAACCAUUGAAUUUCAUGAUGUACAUUUUGGGUACCUGACCGACCGUAAGAUUCUUGAUGGAAUAUCUUUUGCUGUACCGGCAGGAAAAAGUGUGGCUGUUGUUGGGACCAGUGGCAGUGGGAAGUCAACUAUACUUAGAUUGCUCUACAGAUUUUUUGAUGCAGAUUCUGGAUCAAUUCGAAUAGAUGGCCAAGAUAUACGAGAGGUAAUGUUGGAAAGUCUUCGCAAGUGUAUCGGUGUUGUGCCACAGGACACUGUACUUUUCAAUGAUACGAUAUUCCACAAUAUACAUUAUGGCCGCUUAUCAGCGACAGAGGAAGAGGUCUUCGAAGCUGCUCAACGUGCAGCUAUUCAUGAUACAAUCAUGAACUUUCCAGAGAAGUAUGCAACCAUUGUUGGAGAGCGAGGACUAAAGUUAAGUGGUGGAGAAAAACAGCGUGUGUCACUUGCUCGUGCAUUUUUGAAGGCACCUUCUAUUCUGCUGUGUGAUGAAGCUACUAGUGCACUUGACAGCACAACUGAAGCAGAAAUCUUGAAUGCAUUGAAGACUUUAGCAAACAAUCGGACUUCGAUCUUCAUAGCUCAUCGGCUUACUACUGCAAUGCAGUGUGAUGAGAUUAUUGUUUUAGAGAAUGGAAAGGUGGUGGAACAGGGUCCACACGAAGAACUCUUGUCAAGGGCAGGAAGAUAUGCACAGUUAUGGGCCCAGCAGAACAAUAAUGAUGUUGUGGAUGCUGCCGUCAUAGAAGUUUGAAGCUCGUUACACUUGCCAAAUAUACAAAAGAAAUUCUACUCCAUAGGAUUAGACAAUCAUUUUUUUAAAUUUAUAUGCAUACAAAGUUACAGGAGCGAGUUUUAUUCAUGUAAUUUAAGCCAACGUGCGUUGCGGCAUUCUUCACAGAUCAUUGUAAUUGGUGCUGUUUGAAUGCAGCUAUAAUUAUUUGCUUGUGUAGAGCGAUGAAUCAUGGAUGGUGUAUGAUUACUUUUUCUUAGUCAUUCGUAUAUUGUUAUCAAAGUACAAUCAGCUCAAGUUUUACCAGUUGCAACUGA